AUGUGUGCACUGGAGCUGGAGCUGAGAUCUAGGUCAAAAUUAGCCCAGAAGUAUAAUACUUUGGUUGCAGCUGGAUUGCUCCCAGGAUUUGAUUUCACUAUGGACACACAAGGAGUUUUGCUGGUGGACUAUGGUUCCUGGCUAAAGACAGGACAAACUGAAGACUUCCCCACUUACAAAUCAGUGCCUGAACUUUACAGCAGCAUCCAGGAGCCUCGCUGGAGGAGGAGGCCGCGCCGCAACUCCCUGACGGAGGAGGACGGCAGCCAGGAGUUCUCCACCCGCAGCCGCUUCCUCUACUAUCUCUUCAGCCUGGGCACGGAGUUGGGCAACGAGCUCUUCUACAUCCUCUUCUUCCCCUUCUGCAUCUGGAACUUGGACGCCUGGCUGGGCCGGAGACUGAUCAUCAUCUGGGUGUGGGUGAUGUACCUGGGGCAGUGCACCAAGGAUGUGAUCCGCUGGCCGCGGCCUGCGUCCCCGCCCGUGGUGAAGCUGGAGGUCUUCUACAACUCCGAGUACAGCAUGCCCUCCACCCACGCCAUGUCGGGCACUGCCAUCCCCCUGGCUCUCCUGCUGCUCAGCUACGGCCGCUGGCAGUAUCCCCUUGUAUUUGGACUGAUUCUUGCAUUCUGCUGGUGUUCUUUGGUUUGCUGUAGUCGAAUUUAUAUGGGAAUGCAUUCAAUUUUGGAUGUUAUUGCUGGAUUUCUGUAUGCUAUUCUCAUCUUGGUUGUCUUCCAUCCAGUUGUGGACCUGAUUGAUAACUUCAAUUUAACUUACAAAUACGCACCCUUGAUUAUCAUCAGUCUCCAUUUAGCCCUGGGCAUCUUCUCUUUCACUCUAGACACCUGGAGCACCUCACGAGGAGACACAGCUCAGAUCCUGGGCUGUGGUGCUGGAGUAGCCUGUGGCUCUCAUGUUAACUACCUAAUGGGUCUAAAGCUAGAUCCUCCUCCCCAUACCUUACCUUUGUCUCUUUCCUCUCUCACUGUGACUGUGUUUGGAAAAGCCAUAUUGAGGUUGUUGAUUGGAGUCAUAGUCCUGUUGUUAACAAAAGUAGCCAUGAAAAAAGCCACGAUUCCACUGGCGUGUAGAAUAUUCCGCGUACCGCAUGAGGAUAUACGGAAAGCCAGGCAACGCAUGGAAGUCGAGCUUCCCUAUCGCUAUAUUACGUAUGGAACAGUUGGGUUCUCCCUCAUGUUUAUUGUUCCUUGCCUCUUCCAUUUUAUUGGUCUUUCCUGA